CAGCAAUAACAAGAACAGCAAUAACAACAACAGCAACAACAACAACACUAGCGCAGCAGCGACAAAAAACAACAGAGCAAGAAGCAACACUCAUACACAAACAUACCGCACACACUCACACACACAUUUACAGAAACGAGGAGGCAUGAUUAUUAUGUUGUGUUUUUAGUCGAAUGUAUCUUUUAGUCGGGAAAAGGAAUACACGAAUGUCGGAGUCGCAACGGGCCACAAACGAAUUACGCAUGAAGAGAUCUCUCCUCGGUCUUGCCUUCUUGGUACACAACACAAGAAUCUCGCAUUUUCGAAACGCACCAAAUAAAUAAAACAUAAAAAUAAUAAAGAAAAACAGCCAAAACGAAAAUCAUCAUCAACUCAACUCGUAAAUCAAUAAAUUUUGUAUUCACAAAAAUAAUCAAACAAUACGAGAAGAACAAACAUCUAAAACUAAAUUCGUAAAAUCCAUGAAUGAAUAUGUAUGUGUGUGAUUGUGUGUAUUUACAAGAAACUAUAUAAACUUUAAAAGAUAAACAAUAAAAAAAAAGUAAAAUACAAGCAAGAACGGAAUCGACAACGAUAUUUUCAGCAAAAGGCAACGCCACUUUAAACAUCAUUUCAUUGAAAGUGUGCAGUUGCGAGCGGCUUGCAUGAGGCUGCUAAAAAAGCUUGAAAGUGUCUCAUUGACUGCCAAAGGCAACAACGCCGCAAACGAAGUUGCUGCAACAAACGUGAUCUCAACAAUCUUCUUAUGAUGGAACUCUUGUCAAACAAUUCGGUUCCGCAACAAAUGGCCAGCAGCAAUGCGCCCAGCGCCUCCAAUGUUGCAGCAGUGAAUGCUGCAUCCAAUGUGGUCGGUGUCGGAGUCGGUGUCGGUGCCAAUGGCAGCGUCAACGUUGGCGUCAUCAAUGGUGGCGGCAGCGGCGGUGGCAGCGGCAGUGGCAGCAUCAGCAGCAAUGCCAGCAACUCAUCCGAACGCCUCCUCGCCGGCAUCCUCGAGUCGUUUCCCUCCUGGGAUCUCAAUGUCGGUCUAAUGCCCAAUGUGGGCCAAAAUAAUGGCUCGCCGCCACGCACUGAUUUCUUUAUCAACAAUUUCCUGGGCGGUUUGGAUACACAUGGCGAUUUUAGCAUUGGCCCCAUUGGCAGCGGCUCAUCGCGCAAUCCCAAAAUGUCACCGGAAUCGUCAAACAACUCGAGCAUCAGCUGCGGCUGGUGUGAGGUUAGCGCCUCGAUACGUUGCCUCGAAUGCAACGAGUUCAUGUGCAACGAUUGCCUGCGCGAGCAUCGCAACAGUCCGCUAUCCUCGAACCAUUCAAUUGUCUCACUGCCCACGCCCAUUGGCGCCUCACCCACCGGCGGCAGCUCGGCCAACGCACACACGCCACCGAGCAGCAAUUUCAUCUGUGACAUACACAACGAGAUGCUGCGCUACGUCUGCGACUAUUGCCGCAAACUCGUCUGCCAAUUCUGCACACUGCACGAACACAAGGAGCACAGCUAUGCGUCCAUACAGAACUUCAUGGUUGGCUCCAAGGAGAAGCUUGAGGGUGCCAUCGAGAGUAGUCAGGUGGGCACACGUUGCAUCAAGAGCAGCAUUGACAAGGCUUUGGCCUUCAUUCGGCUCAUCGAGCGCAACUGCAGCGAGCUCAGCGACAACAUACGCAAGGCCUUCCGACAGUUCAUCAUUGCCAUCGAGGAUCGCGAACGUUUUCUGCUCGACUUCGUGGAGAAGCUGCGUCAGCGUCGACUUGCCAUACUGCACGAUCAAAUGGCCGGCUUGAAGUCUGCACUAGCUGGUCUCUCGGAGACCUCGGAUAUGCUCAGCAAGGUGGCGGACAAUGCCUGUAGCAUGGAUCAAAUUGAGAUUGCCAUGAAACUGACAAAUGGCCAGCGACAGAUGGAACAGUUUGCGGGCAUCUACAAGGAUCUGCAGCCCAAGCAGGAGGUCUUUGCCUUUGCGCCACCCGACUACAGUCUGCUGCAGGAUAUUCGCAAUCAAGGCGGCGUGAUUUUGGUCGAUGACAAGAACAUGCCAAUUGUGUCCAGCAGCAAUGGCAUUGUGGCCAACAAUGUGGUCACCGCACCCACAGCAGCCACCGCCAUCGACAUGGGCUUCACCAUGCCCAGCAUGGCCAGCACGGGACCCUUAACGGUCGCCUCCACAACAGUGCGACGUCCGCUGCUGCGCGACAACAGCUUCCGCAUCCCAUCGCCCAUCAUGCAGCCGCGUGGUGGCAGCGCCUGUGGCAUGUCGAGUGCUGCACUCGACUGGGAGCUGAACGGAUUGCGUAGCUCACCGGGUUUGCACUUCAGUGCGCCACGCACCACUCAAGCGAUUCCCGGUUGCAUGGAUCUGGUCAAGGUGCGCAAUUCCAAUUCGCUGUCGCUGUCGUUUGCCACCGAGGGUCACGAGGAUGGCCAGGUGAGCCGUCCCUGGGGCCUGUGCGUCGAUAAGAUGGGACAUGUGCUCGUCUCCGAUAGACGCAACAAUCGUGUUCAGGUCUUCAAUCCGGAUGGUUCGCUCAAGUUCAAAUUCGGUCGCAAGGGUGUCGGCAAUGGCGAGUUCGAUUUGCCCGCUGGCAUUUGCGUUGAUGUCGAUAAUCGCAUCAUUGUCGUGGACAAGGAUAAUCAUCGUGUGCAGAUCUUCACAGCCAGCGGCGUCUUUCUUCUCAAAUUCGGCAGCUAUGGCAAGGAGUAUGGACAGUUCCAGUAUCCCUGGGAUGUGGCUGUCAAUUCGCGUCGUCAGAUUGUCGUCACCGAUUCGCGCAAUCAUCGCAUACAGCAAUUCGAUUCCGAGGGACGCUUCAUACGCCAGAUUGUGUUCGACAACCAUGGCCAGACAAAGGGCAUUGCAUCGCCACGAGGCGUCUGCUAUACACCGACGGGCAACAUCAUUGUAUCCGACUUUGACAACCACUGUUUGUAUCUGAUUGAUCCCGAUAUCAAUGAUAUUCUGUCUGUCAAGGGCCAUGAGGGAUCUGGUUUCCAUGAGUUCAAUCGCCCCUCGGGUCUGUGCUGCGAUGACGAGGGCCGCAUUAUAGUCGCCGAUUCAAAGAAUCAACGCAUACUCGUCUUUAAUCAGAAUCUCGACUUUAUGUGGGAUAUCGAAGUACGUCCAUCCAUCAAUCCGCUAAUGCCGCCAACGUUGGAUGAAAAGGAUCGCACUUGCGAUGUGGCAUUGAUGCCGGAUGGACGCAUCGUAUUCCUCAUAGAGCUGUCGCCGGACUCCAAAGAAGGGUCUAACCCUUAUAAGCGGUUUGUGCAUGUAUUCUAAAUUAGUUUAUAAAGCAAAACACACACAAAAAACAAAACACAAAAGGCCAGAUCAAAGAGACAGACGACGAAGAUGACGAUGACGAUGACGACGACGUUUUUUUAGACCAUUUACAAGCGCUAAAAUGUUUAGCAUAAAAAAAUGAAUCCAAAACAAAAAACAAAAACAGAAACGAAACAAAACAAAACAAAAGCAAAAGAAACAAAAAAAAAACAAAAAACAAAAUACGGCAUUAAAAUUAGUGAAAAUUUUUAGCAUAAGUGCUACAACGAUUACCUCGAUAAUGCUUAAGAGUUAUUAAACACGGUUACGAUUUGGUAAUUUACAUAAAUUAUACAUACAUACGAUAUGUAUAUAGAUGCAUAGAUAUACAUGUAUUUAGCGAAUAUACAAGAUGCAACAAGCAACCAACCAACCAACUAGAGAACUUAACAAAAAAAAAAGAAAAAUACCAACAACAGACAACGCGUUCAGUAGAUUUUUAGGCUAGAGAUCCUAGAAAAAAACGAGAAAAGGAAAUGAGGAAAAACUAGAGAAAAAACAAAA